UUUGCGGCCUUGCUGGCUUUGCUCUCUGGAGUGUGGGCAGAGAGAAGAGGGGUCCAGGAAUAUCUGCCUGUUAUCGAGGUGCCCAAUGGCGGCCCAUGGGGAGCUUGGGCAUGGCCGGAAAUGUGCCCCGAAGGGAGCUACGCCACAGGCUUCAGCAUCAAGGUGGAACCCUACCAGGGCUUGAGCAAUGACGACACAGCACUGAACGGAAUUCGGCUGCACUGCACGCAGGGGGGCCGUGGGGACAAACACCAAGACCACACCGUGGAAUCGCAGAGUGGCAUGUGGGGGAAAUGGUUGGAUCCCAUCUGGUGCCCCCCAGGCGGGUAUCUGGAGAGGUUCUCAUUGCGAGUAGAGAAGACCCGGAGCGGAUUAAAGGACGACAUGGGGGCCACCAGCAUCCGUUUUGCGUGCUCGGGGGGAGAGAACCUGGAGGGCCAUGGCUUGGCUUGGGGGGAGUAUGGAGUGUGGAGCCCACGCUGCAAGAAGGGCAUGUGUGGGAUCCAGACCAAGCAGGAGCCGCCCCGUGGAUCCCUGCGGGAUGACACGGCUCUCAACGAUGUCCGCUUCUUUUGUUGCAACCACUGAGACCCCCCCACCCCACCCCGUGGAGGGAUGAAGCACACCCCCAGCUCCCUUUCCUGACCCCCCUUCCUCCACCCAGGGGAAAUGCGGUGAGCAACAUGGGCCCAGCCCCCCCCCGUAGGUCUGGCCAAGGAUUUCCUGCUGGGGGACCCCUCCCCCCAGCCUCGUUUGCAAGAGUCCUUUUAUUCCCUGCUCAGCCUGCCCCCCCAUCGGGGGGGGGGCACCCGCACUCCUGUUUCCAAGUUGCUUCUGCCUGUUCAGUCCCCCCCGCCCCGAGGCCUCCCCUCACCCUCCACAGCCUCUUUUGAGUGCCUCGGGACACGGAAACAGCCCCGGGACACUCUCAGCACCCCACGUGGGUUAUCUCAGGCUCUUACCCGCAGGGCUGGCGUCAGCCUGCCCUGAGUGGGGCAGUUGCCAGUGCCCAGGGCUCCUGGUGGGGGCCACUGCCACCGACUCCCGUGGGCAUGUUUCCCUCCUGCCACCUGUCUGCAUGCCCUUCCCCAUCAAUUGCCUUGAAGUGCUCCCCAACCCGUGAUUCCAGCCGCCCGGUGUCCUUGGCAAAGGGGCAUGUGGGUGGCAUAACAUGGUAGCACUUGGGGAAAGGGUGUGCAGGGCAGCUGAGCAUGGGUGAGGGGAAGCCCCGGGCAUAGGAGACAG